AUGGCCGACCAAUUGCCGAAAGUAGCCAUCCCCAGGCUGGGAAGACGUGACAAUGAGCACAACUUCCCUCAGGACAAACCUCCAAAACCUGUCAAAGCCAACCUACCCAAGCUGGCGAGAGCAUGUGAUUACUGUCGCCAGCGCAAGAUCAGGUGUACUGGCGAGCAGCCGUACUGUCAAAACUGUGUAGAUCGACAUGUACCUUGCAUCUAUCCACUGGCUCGAAAGGAUCGCUUUAAAGAUGCUACAGAGCAGAACAUUGAGCUCCUUGCUCUUCUGAGAGAUCUGAGUGCCCAUGUUGAUCAUAGAGGGCAGAUAAAAAUUGAUCAACUUCUCGAUUCAUUUAGACAUAAAGAUUCCGCUCAUGCAUCAACUAUGGCAGUGAGAUCACUUGGGAAGCGAUCAAGAGAGGAGUCGUUGUCUGAUGGAGGAGCAGCCGACAUUUCUGGGUCAGUAAACCCUGAUGACGCCCCCCAGCUUCUAGACGAGGACCUGCUUCGAAAUAGCGAGUCAAGAGCCGCCGGCUUCGUUGGACAAAUUUCUGAAGUUCAGUGGUUGCGGGACCUCAAAACUCAAAUCGGCAGUAGAGCUUCAGAGGGUUGGGAGCGGCCAUAUGGGUCACUCUACAAGUUACAAGGCAGCAACAAGGAGGCGGUUGGGCAACGAGAAGAUGCUCUGCAUACUCAACAAGGAUCGCCCAAAGUAGGAAACAUCUCGCAUGUCUCGGAUUUCACCUUUUAUCUGGAUAGUGACGACCUCGAUGUGGACAUCAUGGUGGACCCAUACGAACUGCCAUCCCCAGAGACAGCUGAGAAGUUGUUUGACUGCUAUAUACGGACGAUUCACGACUCUUUCCCCAUUGUAUCCGACGUUUUCGAGGACCAAUUUCGAAGGGCCAAUGAAGCGCGCAUACCCAGCGAAGCACGUCGCCAAUCCCAGGGCGCAACUGCCUCACAAUCCUCGCAUGCGUCACAAAUAGGGCUUGUCCACCGGGAUACCGUAGCGUCUACUUUCAAUACGGGCGAACCAUUGCACGCCGAGGCUAGGAGGAACUCGAUCAGGCUGCAACGGGGCGAAACAUUACAAACGGUAGCAACACGUCUAGCUGCACAUUUCUUUGGCGAUAUGGUUUCGAGCCGAUCGGACGACACUGGAGAGGGCCAUUCUUUGUCUUUACACGCCGAACAACCUUCUGCUCCUAAAGCUGGCUUGACUGGGAAGAGCGUCGCUAGCAGCGUGGAGGAUCGUGAACCCCUCGUAACGCAUCGAUUCAAGCACGUAGUAACCUGCGGAGAUCAUCCACUCAUUACUGGCCGAAAUAGAGACACUUUGCACCGCUGCGAGGACGAACUAAUUCACACCCCUGGAACUAUCCAAGGAUUUGGCCUUUUGGUAGCGCUCGAGGACAUUAGUGGAACGGGUGAUUUUCCAGUCCGUAUCGUCAGUGAAAACUCGAAACGAAUCACUGGAAGAACCCCAGUUGAACUCUUUGCUCUAAACAGCUUCACGGACAUUUUUGAAGCAGACGAGGCAGAUGAACUUGUUAGCCACAUUGAUUUCAUUAAGGACAAGGACGAGGACGCAGAUGUCGCUACGAACGGACUAGAGGUAUUCACCCUCACUUUAAACAUCAGAAAAAAACAGUCGAGAAAAUUAUGGUGUGCCGUGCACCAGAACGAAGCUAAUCCUGGCCUCAUUAUCUGCGAAUUUGAGCUCCACGAGGACCAGCUCUAUCCCCUGGAGCCUCCUCAUGAUCUCACGCCCGAACUUCCAGAACAUAAGAUUAACCGUAACGCCACUCCUGGGGUGUUUCUAGAGAGCAACGAGAACAAAAGUAGGCUACUAAGGAGAUUGUGGAGCGUAAGGAAGCGGAAAGGCGAGCCAGCCGCUAUGGAAGUUCUCAAUAUACUGUCCCAAGUUCAAGAGCAGCUCGCGGCAGCACCAAGUCUAGAGAAGCUUUUGGAGAUUCUAGUGGGCGACAUAAAAGCGUUGACGGGCUUCCAUCGCGUCAUGAUCUAUCAAUUUGGCCAGACAUUCAGCGGGCGGAUUGUAACAGAACUUGUGGAUCCCAGAGCAACCAAGGAUCUAUACAAAGGACUCAACUUCCCGGCAUCCGAUAUGCCCAAGCAGGCUAGAGAAUUGUAUAAGCUCAACGAGGUAGGCAUGCUCUACGAUCGUGAUCUGGAAAUGGUGCGGCUCGUCUGCGGCACUGCGGAAGAUCUCGAAAAUCCUCUUGAUCUUACCCACUCUUAUCUCCGCGCCUUGUCACCUCUUCAUCUCGAAUAUCUCGCCAACAUGGGCGUGCGGUCAUCUAUGUCCAUAUCCAUCAAUGCGUUCAACGAACCUUGGGGACUCAUAAUAUGCCAUUCGUAUGGCCCCCGAGGAAUGCGCCUUUCUUUCUCGAUACGGAAAGUGUGUCGCCUUAUUGGUGAUUUGGCCUCAAGGAGUAUGGAAAGACUCUCCUAUGUAUCGCGGUUGCAGGCCUGGAAGCUCAUCAACACUGUACCUAUGCUGCACAACCCGUCCGGAUACAUUGUUGCCUCGUCAGAGGAGCUCCUGAAGCUCCUCCAUGCCGAUUUCGGGAUCCUGUCAAUACGGGAUAAAAAGCAGGUAUUUGGUCAAUUGGAACAGCCCCAAGAGGCGCUGGCCAUGGUGGAAUAUAUCCGGAUUAGGAAGAUAACAUCCGUCAUGGCCUCUAUGGAUGUUACGCAGGACUUCCCAGAUCUUCGAUACCCUUCCGGUUUUCAGGCCAUAGCCGGAAUUCUUGUACUUCCUUUGUCGAUCGAUGGCAGCGACUUUAUUGUGUAUUUCCGAAAAUGCCAGCCGAAAGAAGUCGGGUGGGCGGGCAGCCCAUACGAGAAGUUCGGAAAACAAGGCACAGAAGGCUACUUAGAGCCGAGGAAGAGCUUCAAAAUGGGGUGUGAGACUGUCCAUGGAACGUGUCGAGAGUGGACCGACGAAGAAACUGAAAUUGCAGCAGUGCUUUGCCUUGCCUACGGAAAGUUCAUUACAGUCCACGGACAAGACAAGGCUGCAUUACGGAGCAGUAGACUGACCCGAUCCGCUGCCCGCGGCACCGACAACGAAACCGACACCAAGGAGGACAUGAUGGGUGUUGACGGUGUUGGUGGUGUCGCUGGCAUCGAUAAAAGGGAUGAGGCGGUUCGUGCGAACAGUUCCAGCGAGAAAGGCUUCAGCCGGAACACUUCACCGAAAAGUCGGAAAAACUGUCGGACCGAUGGGGCAUCGGAAGACCAGUCUACCAGCGUCUCCUCGCCGUCGAUCCAGUUGUCGCCAGGCUCGCCAUACUUUGUUCGCCGAUCCAAGAGCACAACGGGUGGCAUGUCGGUGGCGAGUUUGCUGCAGUCGCACAACCCGGAAGACAUGCCAGAGAGCUCCGUGCCGGUGCAUACUCGCCAGGCCUUGCAGCAGACGAGUUCGCACUCGCAUAACUGUAGGGAUGUUUCAAAGGGUACGAGAAAUUACUCGUCACAGUCUGUUCCUCUGACGCACGAAGAGGCCUUGCUGGUGCACCACUACACAGAACAUCUCGGUCGCUGGCUUGAUUGCACUGACGCCACUCGUCAAUUCACACUGGUGGUACCGGAAAGAAUCAAAAAAUGCCCAGUGCCUUGCUACGCCGUCAUUUCCUUUGCUGCUCACCACUGUAGAAAGGAGGCGACAGCGGAUGCAGCUUAUCAGCGCUGUGUUGCCUUGCUCAUCGAGCAACUAAGCGAAGACGCUGCUAGCCACGACGAGACUCUUCUGUGCGCCGUUGUCGUACUGCGCUUCUAUGAGCAACUGAACACCUUGUCCAGCACUGGUUCAGAUGAUGAACAGCAUCUCGCAGGCUACUCGGCCAUCAUUCGAUCCUCUCGGGGAAACCGCUAUGUAGAUCCAUCAGCACCCACCUUCCGCGAAGCCGUCUUCUGGGUCUACGUACGCCAGUGCCUCUACAAUGCUACUAUCAACCAGCAGCCGCCUGAUAUCGACUUCUCGUUGCAACUGCACCCGACCCCGGGCGAGAUGCGAGAUGCGCACCCAUUGGCUCGAUUAAGGUUAGAGACAGCUUGGGCCAAUCAAAUGACAUGGAAUCUUGCAUGCGUCGUGAACUUCUGCUUCGAUGGUAGGGAACCCCAAAACGAGAAAGCUCACAAGAUGCGACGCUGGCAGGAGCUGUGGGACCUUGUUCAGACGUGGAUGCAUGAAAGACCGGACACCUUUAAUGCGGUUUUCGAAGGUUUAGCUAGCGGCCAAGGCUCCUUCCCCAGGAUUCUGUUUACGGCCGACUGGCAUACUGUAUCGUUUGGGUUUUACCACUUUGCGCAUAUUAUGCUGCUACGUUAUAAACCAGGCCCGAAGUUUGCGAUUCGCAAUGUCGAGAACCUUUCUGAUACAGAUCAUCAAAUCCUAUCGCACGCAUGCGCCAUUUGCGGGGCGAGCAACAGCUCACCGGAGACUGUGCCAUUGGCGAUUACCGUCUGCCAUACCAUCUUCAUCUGGGGACCGCUCGUAUGGAAUUCUGGAGAGAGGGACCAAGUGGUACAGAUCCUGAGCAAUUUCGAAAAACAUCACCUCUGGCCAACAACAUGGAUCAUCAACGCACUGAAAGCUGAAUGGGGCAUCCCUACUUCCUCAAACUCUCCAACAUAG